ACGAGAUGGGAUCCUCAGCGCAGAGACCCGACAGAUUCCUGACGCCGAGCAGGCGAGCUGUCAUCUUCCCGAGAGAGCUGCUGGGAGCCGCUGUGGGGCCGGCAGCUAGGGCUCCCUUGACAGCCGAGGAGAUUAAACAGCUGAGGGCUACACCGAGCAGUAGCAGAGAGACGUGCGGCCUGCGGAGCCCUUGCACCCCGCAGAAGCGCGUGGACCACGGGGUGGCGCCCGCGCGGGACGCCUCCGCGCCUAGACUCAGUGCCCGCGAGAGGCCGACCCCUGCCACCAGCGCAUGCUCCUCUGUCGUCACCCUCAGUGACCUACAUAGUUCGGCUAGUGAGGGCCUCAAUCGCGAGAGCUUGUUUGCUACGACUGGCCCAAGUUUCACUUCACCAUCGGCAUAUCUUGUACUUCUCCAUCAAUGCCUGCCGCCAGAGAAACUAACGAAGAGGGAGAAGAGACUAAAAGGAAAGAUUGUAGCGGCCCUGAGCAAGCUGAACAACCAAAUCCAAGAAGCUCAGACAAGGCAGAACUCGCUGCUGGAGGAGAACAGACAGCUGCAGACGGAAAAGCUCCUUGUGGAGGCUGAAAGCAAGUUCAUUCUGAGCUACCUAACUGAAAAAAGUAAGCAGCGAGAGAGGAAGUGUGAGGAGCUGUGGAAAGAUUAUUUCCAACAAUACCGUGAGCUGGAGCAGAAGAAACAAGAAUUAGCCUCUAGAUAUGGAAAAGAAACCUCAGACCUGAAAGCACAGCUCUUACGGGGGGAAAAGGUCCAAUCCAAAUUGGAGCAGCAGUUGCAGGCUCUGAGGAAUAUUGCCACCAUCAAGGAGAGACAGGACAGGAGAAUACAGAGCUUGCAGGAGCAGAUAGAGAGAAUUCCCACCCAGACACAUGUGAAGGACCGGGAGGCGCACUUACAGUUCCUCCAGCAAAAAGCCUUUCUGGAGCAAGAAAUUAAAGAGCUGGACCUGGUGCGGGCUCGGUUGAGGGAGAGAAAAAGAAGGGAGCUUGGUGGAAAGACCCAGGCCUUGGAGUACACAGCACAAAAGUCUCAUUUUGAAUUCUGCCAUGGCUUCAUUGGAGAAAACCAGCAAUUGAGGAAGAAAUUAAAGCCAUUACUUCAGGAAGCCCAGAAACUGGAAGCUCUUCAAAGCUGGUUAGAAAACCAGAAGCGGCAGCUGAAGCAGAGACAGUGGUACCAAGAAACCAUCAGGAGGGCGAGGCAACGAGGACAAUCCAGGUGCUGCAGCCCAAAGCAACAGGGUGCUCCAGAGACCAUAGUGCACCCUGCCCUGGACACCAGUCAGCAUCCAAGAGGAUCCUGAAAAUAAGCGACGAAGUAAGAACUGGGCCAGGUACUCCUAGAGCAGAAUAUUUUUGAAUCUGGGCCAUUAUUGCUCUAGCAGUACUGAAGUUCUAAGAGGACAAGUUACCUAAUUAUGCCAAGCACUGUGUAGUACUAAUUAGGGGACUUAGUUAUCCUUACGUGUGUACUCUGUCAUAUACAAAGGACCUUUUGUCAUUUAUACAAUCAUAUAUUUAUACCCAUUUAGAACUGAGAAUAUUUUAAAUUACUAUAGACUUAUUGAUUUGAAUUGAAUUUUUUUGUAUUUUAUGGCAGAUGAAGGCUAGACUGAUGAUUUACUGGAAUGUGAAUCUUGGUACAGCUGACUAUAUUUCCAUAUUUUAACAUUGCUCCUCUAUGGAAAGAUAGAAUCAACCAUGUUUUCCAGAAGAGGUUAGUGAUGAAAAAUUUUGCAUUACACUUUGUGAAUUGUCAGUCUUAUUUCUAGGUAAAAUGAAUUUGUUGAAAACUAGAUUUAAAACUUUUUCCAUAUGCC